AUGAGCUACAAUCUCUGGCGCGCUUUCUUCGAAGAUGAUGUCGAUUCAUUUCGACAAUACCUGGCCAACGCCACCUUCUCCUCCGUUGCGCCGAGAACCCCUGGCGCCGGACAAAUCGGGGGUGCAACCUUGAAGAUAGGUAGUCCUGGGAAUCUGGCAGUCUCCCCGAAGACACCCUUCAAAUUUCGAAAGAGCUCGGGAACCACACCUAUCAGUGCGACGCCUGGGAAAAAUGCCGGUUUGGUGCUUACGAGGGCGGAGGUGAACACCAAAGACAGUUUCGGCCGGACAAUACUUCAUCAUGCUGCGUCCUCCCAGAAUGAUGAUGCUCUGGCUUUCGUCAAGGCUUUAAUGGAAAUGCCCUUCUUGGAUCUCUACGUCCAGGAUCUGGAAAGUGGGUGGACGCCACUCCAUCGUGCGCUAUACUUUGGCAAUAUUUCAGUCGCGCAUGCUCUAAUGAUCCGGGAUAUACAAGAUGCUACGGACUACACAACCAACGCUCAGCAUUCCCACGCCGGUGGACUGGUGAAAAUCAAAGAUCAUGAAGGCAACAGCCCGUUUGAGGUGUUUGGUUUGACCAUUGCGCCCCGGUCUCUUCAGCAAGAUUCCUCCACCCUCCCGUCUGGCAUUCAUGACGACGACAGCAUCAACGGAGUGGAUGAUAAUGGUGACCACCAAGAGCAUGAGCGAUCAAGGCGCCAUGUGACCCCCCUGAUAGAUCUCGCUGGUGAUGAGGUCUACGCGUUUGGAAGCAAUAAAAACCUAUCACUAGGUCUGGGCGAUGGAGACGAUAGGCAUUUCCCCGAGCGUCUACAGUUUGAACGCCCUGAACACUUAUUACGCCGUCUCCUUGACGAUCAUCUUGCUGAAAGACGGAAGACAUCGGUCCAAGAAGAUCUGGCGGAUAGUAUUGGGGAUCUCCAGACACGUCUAGAUGUGCCGGCCAUUAUCCGUUAUCGGCCCAUAACGGUUCAAAACGUGGUCAUGUCGAAGCUACAUACGGCCGUUCUGACUAACGACCCGAUCUCCAACCUGUAUAUAUGCGGGUACGGUCCUGGUGGCCGUCUUGGCACUGGCGACGAAAACACCAGCUUCACCUAUCGCUGCAUCCAAGCUGGUGGACUGGCGAAACGACGUAUCUCGUCGAUAGCCCUUGGGCAGGACCAUUCUGUGGCUGUGUGCUCUCAGGGUGAGGUCUACACAUGGGGGAGCAACCGCUUUGGGCAGCUGGGGUAUGCUCUUCCUGAAGUGGCCAAGAAUGAGGUUCCAACUCAAUUAAUCCCACGCCAGCUUUUCGGCUACAUCAAAAAAGAAGUCAUCAUUGGGGCCGCAGCAUCCGCGAUUCAUACAGCGAUAUACACUUCCUCUGCGAUGUACACGUUCGGCAAGAACGAGGGUCAACUUGGCUUGACCGAUGCUGAGGCACGCUCUCUAGAUAUACAGAUCUUGCCACGCCGGGUUGGCGUAUCAGUCUUGCAAUCUCCAAUUCAAAGCGUGAGCGCGAUUGACCGAGCUACAAUUGUCCUGCUCGAGAAUCAUGAUGUGUUUGUCUUCACACAUUAUGGUUGGACUAAGCUUAUAUUCCCCCUGGAGACCUUUACCAACUACUACAUGGCCAAUAACCUUUCGACAAGAUUCAACAUGGAAUCCAACUACAUUAAACAUAUCACCAGUGGCGGCAACACAAUAUGCGCAAUGUCCUCGUAUGGAGAAGUAUAUUCAACUGACGUUCCUAAAGUCCCGGAAACUGUACCAUCGAAUAUGUCAACAACGAACCCAACUAAGGCGCGCAACGCUCUACCUGCGCCUUCGCGACUCUGGUCCCUUCGCAAGGCUCACAUGUCGGCCAUUGACGUGGCUGUAGGUCAGGAUGGCUCCAUCAUUAUCUGUACCGCGUCAGGCUCGGCCUGGCGAAAGGAGAAACGUGCAAACAUAAAGACCGUACGAGAUGCGAAGUUAAGUCCAGGACGUCCCAAAGACUACAAAUUCGUCCGUAUUCCCAACCUGAAUGGAGUUAUCGCCGUCAGGAGCAACGCAUUUGGAGCCUUUACCGCGGUGCGUAAGGACGUUAAUGCAACACGGGACCAGAUCGUGCCUGUCCCACCAGGCUUGUGGAGAUACACUUUGCGCUUAUUGCCCAUUCGAGAAUACGGAGUGUCUGAGAUGGAACUUGGGUCAGCAAUAAAUGCAUUCGGCGUUGCUCAUGCGAUAAUCUUCAGAAGUUCCGCUGAAACGGACAUCCUCACCAUGUGUCAGCAGUACGAACCUCUGUCCCGGAGCCAAUACGACCUGUGGAUCACUUCUACCGUUACGGAUGUACGAAUUCCUGUCCAUUCCUUUAUUCUUAAGGGACGAAGCCGUGUCAUGCGCCACGCGUUGACCGAAGUUCAAGAGACGUACUAUUACUCCGUCCCUGAUAUAAUGUCGAUCGAAUACGGACAAGAUGGCCAAAUCCAAGUCUCGUUUCAAGGCGCAGAUUUCUUGACUCUAGCUAAUCUCGUACUGUACCUGUACACCGACAAGCUGGUUGACGUGUGGCAUCAUACGUCGAAGGCUUUACAAUCUGCUGCUCGUUACAGGUCAGUACGUGUCGAGCUUAUGAAGAUCGCGAGCCACCUCGAAAUGCGAGGCCUUGAACGCGCUGUAAGAGUGAUGGUUGACCCCGCCCGAAGUCUGGCGAACGAUAUGGAGCUUGCAGUGGUGGAUCCUGACUUCUUCUCCGACGCCGAUGUGGUCGUGGAGCUCGCAGACGACGCCGAGUUGCCCGCACAUAGCGCCCUGUUGUGCAGCCGUUGCCCGUUCUUUGACGGCCUGUUCAAUGGACGAGCGGGCGGAAUGUGGAUGGCUUCGCGACGAAAUGCAGCUGAAGAACAGUCUCAAGCUGUACGUGUGGAUCUGAAGCAUAUCGACGAGAAGAUUUUCGCCAUGGUCCUCCGACACCUUUACGCUGAUACUGGAGAAGAACUCUUUGACGACAUCCUCACCAACAGUCUGGACGAAUUUGUUGAUAUUGUCAUUGAGCUAAUGUCAGUAGCCAACGAGCUCAUGCUUGAUCGCCUCGCACAGAUCUGUCAAAAGACUCUGGGCCGGUACGUCAAUCUCAGAAACGUGUGCCCUCUGGUCAACAUAGUUGCAGAGUGUACAGUCGACAGCUUCAAAAAAGCCGCUCUCGAGUACAUCUGCUUGAACUUGGAAAGCAUGUUGGAGCUGAAAUUGCUGGACGAUUUGGAUGAGGAUCUUCUUCUCGAAUUAGACAAGGUCGUCCAAGCCAAUCAGCUGGCCUUCCUUCCUUUUGCUCGCAGCAAUCGAGCUGAGGCGGAACUGUUGAGGAGCUAUCCAGGUCUAUUGGGCCAGAUUGAGGCUGGCCGACAGACAAGGGUGGAUUCUAUGAGAUUAAGAUCAAGGUUGGUCGAAGACGAGGGACGUUUUGCGGCAUCGUUGAAGACGCGAUACGGGAGCCUGGAACGCUCAGCCUAUUCGCCUCAGAACAGGAGCUCGUUGCCGACCCCCGUGGAUUCAUCACCACCUAGCACUCCAAGUCGCAGCCCGGCGAUCAAGGCCACUGAUACAGAAGACGACCUCCCGUUCGACAUGGAUGGCGAUGAUCCAGAGCUGCUCCCUGUCAACGAGGGGGGAAUUUUACUGCCUCAUCUUGCAAGAAAGACCUCAUCCCUGGGGGGCGUGGCUCCAUCUUCGACACCACAACUUCCCGAAAAUGAUUCGCCUCCUUCAACGUUCAGGUCGCGCGAAGGAUUCUCCGGUUCGCUGAGGUCCAACGACGACAACUUGUCAGAUUCCACUGUGGCCGAAACCCCGACGACUGGAUUUGCUGCACAGAGGGCUCCAUGGGGGGUUCUUGCUCAAGGCGUCAAAAAAGACGGUCUCAAGGACACUAUGGAGCAAGCUUCAGCUGCCCGGGUGUCUAAUUUGACUCAGGCAAUGCGGACAGUUUCGACGGGACCUAAAGCAACGGUCAAGGUUUCGCAGAAGGAGCGCAAGCGACAACAACAAAAAAUCAAAGAGCAGGCUACCAACCCCACGGGUCUUUCGUCCGCGAAACCGACAACAAACAGUCCUUCUUCGCCAUGGCAGGCGAUUGCAAAGACACCUAAGCCCAACUCCUCACCGACUACAAUUGCACCAAUCGAGGCGGUCAAAGAGGUUCCCACGAAGCAGCCAAUGACAAUGCGCCAAACCAUCGCCAGAGGCACCUCGACUCCCGGUCCGUCCCCCAGGGGUCCAAUUUCUGCGGGACCUGCAAUGGACCUUACAGCCCCUUCAAAGCCGGCCGCUCCGCAAAUCCAAUCGAUCCGCCAUACGCCGCUACCGACGCGGGUCUCAGCGGUGGACGCCCGCACAUCAAUGGCUGAGAUCUUGGCCCAGCAGCAAACAGAGAAGAUCGCGGUCAAGGAAGCGGUGGCGAAGAAGUCACUACAAGAGAUUCAGCAGGAACAGGAGUUUCAGGAAUGGUGGGACAAUGAGAGCCGGCGAGUGCAGGAACAAGAGGCGCAGGCCAACGCGGCCGCUGCCCGUCGUGGAAAAGGCGGCCGGGGACGAGGCGGACAACGUCGGGGGGGAGGACGCGGAAAAGGCACGCCGGAUGUUGAAGUCGGUGGCCAGCAGAAGCAACCUUCCCUGGAUUCAGCACCGGUGAGACAAGAACCUGAAUCAGGACGAGGAAUUGGGCGAGGUAAUGUGCCCCGAGGCGGUGCCAGCAGUGCGCGAGCCCGGGGUCAUGGAAAGUCCCAGCAGGCCCCUCGAGGGGCCAAGGCAUCAACUUGA